CGGAUCCGCCGCAAGGCAUCUUAAGGCAAAGCACCCCGUGGAGUAUGCAAAAUUAGGCGGCGGAACGGGGAAGCAAACUCAAAUAUCGAGGUUUGCGAAUUCUCAACCUUUUGGUAAUUUCUCCUACAAUGAUGCACAAAAUUUGACUGGUAUGGCUAACUUAAUUUGUGAAGAAAAUUUGCCUUAUUUGUUUUCUGAAAGUCUUGCUUUAAGAGAUUAUGCACAAGGUAGUUUAAAUCCUCAAUUUAGAAAUUAUAGUCGCAAAACUGUUAAGAAAGAAAUAAUAAGGCUUUAUAAUGCGGAAAAGGAAAGGUUACAAAUUUUUUUUGCAAACUUUGAUGGGCGUGUUACUAUUUGUUCUGACAUAUGGGAGGAUGAUUUUCAUCAUUUAUAUUAUUUGGGUCUGACUGCACAUCAUAUUGAUGAGGAUUGGAAUAUGCAUAAACGUGUUCUUGCUUUUCGUGAAUUUAAUGAUCGUCACACCGUUGAACAUAUUUAUAUUUUGAUUGAGCGUAUUUUAAUUGAGUAUAAUUUGAUUGAUAAGGUGUUUGCUAUUGGUUUCGAUAAUGCUACUAAUAAUACUGCUGCUAUACCUAGAUUGCGUGAGUUGUGUGGUGCCAAUUCUUUGAUGGGUAGAUUUUUUC